AUGGGUUCUGACGAUCUUAUUGACUUCGAAGUCAUUGAGAAUCAAAAGGAAAACAUCCAGAGUCUGCCCAGCGGACGUUCUGCAAGAGCGCUCGCGCAGCUUUACACGCCACCGUUGACUUCGGCCGCUGGCCAAACUCGGUCCCCGUCGCAGAUGCAAGAUGAACACAGCGCAACUCGCCUCGGAUUCGAGAAGGAGCUCAUGGCGAUUGACGACUCCGACGACCCACUCGAUAUCUACACCCGCUAUGUAAAGUGGACGCUUGAAGCAUACCCGUCCGCACAAAACACACCUCAGUCGCAACUUUGUCCGCUCCUCGAGCGCGCAACGAAAGCCUUCCAAUCCUCACCGGAGUACAAGAACGACGCGCGCUACCUCAAGCUCUGGCUACACUACAUUCACCUCUUCUCAGACGCGCCGCGGGAGACGUUCGCCUACCUGGCGCGACACAAUAUUGGAGAGAACCUUGCGCUAUUCUACGAAGAAUUUGCGGCCUGGUUAGAAGGCGCAGGCCGCUUCACACAAGCAGAGGAGAUCUACAACCUGGGCAUCGACCGCGAAGCCCGCCCAGUUGAGCGCUUGAUUCGCAAGUACGGAGAAUUUCAGCACCGUCUCGAAAGCCGCCCUCAGGAGGCUCCCGAACCUUCAAGCCCCGCACUCCCCGCCGUUCGUCCAGCCCUUGCCGCUAAGAUGGACCCUUUUGCGCUUGCGUCACCCAGUGCGCCCAGCCCGCAACCACAGAGCCAGCCGAAGACCGCUGGAGGUGCAUCUCGCUCAGGAAAGCCCAAACUUGCAAUCUUCUCUGACGGUGAUGAUGCCGCAAGACCUGGCUCGACAGGUAGCACAGAGGGGUGGGACAGCAUUGGAUCGCUCGCAGACCGCAAGAAGGAAAACGCGACCGAAGCACGCCCCUGGGCGGGUGAGACUCUGAAGGUUGGAAAGAAGAACACUGGCGUUCCAAAAAUGUCGAUUUUCAAGGAUGAGACCAAAUCGAAUCCCAAUGACGAAAAUGUCAGCCCCCACCCAUUGCGUGAAUAUCAACAAGCGGUCAACCCAAGGACUGGUAGACUUGAAGUGGUCUUCGUAGAUCUAGAGCAAGUGUACCCUAACCAUGAAGAUCCUAUGUCGGAGGAAUACUCAUUUGAAGAACUGCGAGCUAAGUACAGGGGGUGGAUGGAUCAUGAUUGGGAUGCCAUUCGCCGCAAAGAGCAGGAGCGGGCAAAGAAAGCAGCCGAAGAGAAAGUGGUUGCUGAACGACCAAAGACCAAGGCCGCACCUCUAGCGCCUAAGCAGGAUCAUGAACAGCCCCCCAAGCCGAAGACUGUACCCUUGAAAGGUAGUGUUGAUGACGACAUGGGUAACGACGAAAACGCGCCACCUUCACAAGCAGAUGUAGACAAAGCAAGGGCAGCUAAGAAAGCCAGACGAGAAGAGCGGGCCAACAGAACUAGGAAGAUCAAGGUUAUGGAGGUCAAGGAAGUUCGCGGGGAGACUCAGACAAUCCAAGCCAACUUGGAUUCUCCGGCGAAGCCAAAGAUACGGCGAAAGAAGACUGGCCCAGAAACGACAAUGACCCUCCACACCAAGGAGGCCAUGGACGAGAUAUACGAUAUUUUCAACGAACCACUAAAGAACGCUGAUGAGGAAGUCUCCGAGGUCCAAAGUGGUGAAGAAAGCAGUGGGGACGAUGAGGAUGACUAUACGAGUGGAGCCGAAAGUACUGCUACUGGUCGCAUAUCGUGCGCUACGAGCGAAUUCGGAGACGAGACAACAGUGGGAGAUUUCACACUCGGCACUAGGGUUCUCAACACCGAAGAAGAGGAAGAGGAAGAUGAAGAUGAAGAUGAAGAUGAAGAUGAAGAUGAAGAUGAAGAAGAAAGUGAUGCCAAUGAUUCAGACACCAAGAGUGCCUCUGCAUGGUCAGACUUCACUGAGAGCAAAUACGUGCCUAAGGAUCAUGAAAACGAUGGAUCAGAUGAUGAGUCCGAACAUUCCGAGCAUUCUCAUGACGACUCGUUUGAUGAGUUGACACGUCCAGAUGUCGACUCCGAACGGCAACGGGAAUCUGAUGUAGUCACCCCUACCUCACCUUCAGCACCUGCUUCACUACCUACUCGCUUUGUCCCUGUCCCACCAGAAGACUAUGUCCCAGCAAUGCAGCCCUAUCGAGACCCGAUACAGGCUGCGAACAAUCGGUUGCCAUUCAUGACACCGAUUGUUGAGAAGACGGAGUCGUCCUUGGGCAUCGCCACUGCUUAUGCACAGAAGGACUAUUUUAGCGCUGCUACCAAGACGCCGUCAAGAUCGAAAGGUACAACUGACAUUCUUGAGGAUGACGACGAGGAUGAGACUUGCAGUAGUCCCUUUGCAGAUCUUUUAAGUCAAGUUAUUGACGGUUCAGGGAAAGUCGCGAAACUCGCCCUGACAGAAUCGAAGCCAGUACCCAAAGAGCCCAUCGCGGAACCGCAACGGAAACCGUUGGCUGCAAAGGAGGUUUCGUCUAAAGCACCAAAGGCUAGCGGUUCAAUCAUCAAAGACGCGCAGUGUAAUCCGGUAGACGAGAACGUCCGCAAGACCAUUCUGCAAGAAAUCCAGCCGCCACUAGAUAGCUACGACGGAUACUACGCAGACACCGAAGAGAGCUACGGAAAGGGUGCUGAUAUACGCAAGUACACCAAGUCCGUCAAAACGAGCAAGGCGGAGAAGACUUCCACAAACCUUGCUCUCUGUCCUACUCUGCAGUUCCCGGGAACAAAGCGGACGUAUGCCGUCAAACGUGAACUUGGCAAAGGAGCUUUUGCGCCAGUGUAUCUGGUAGAGAGCAAAGAUUCCGAGGACGAGGACGACGAGAACAAACCUUCGCAGAUGGGCAAGGGCGAAUUCGGCCUAAAGCGGAAGGAUCUGGAAGCUAUCAAGAUGGAGGAUCCGCCAACGCCGUGGGAAUUCUACAUUAUGCGGCAAGCCAAGCGACGACUAGGCGUGUCUCGAGCUGCUGAUUCGAUCGUUUGCGCGUACGAGAUGCACGUCUUUAAAGACGAGUGUUAUCUUGUGGAAGAGUAUCGAGACCAAGGUACUCUUUUGGAUCUCGUAAACCUCUCUCGUGGGGAAAACGGUGUCAUGGACGAGCAACUUGCCAUGUUCUUCACUAUCGAGUUAUUCCGCACGGUGGAGGCCCUUCAUUCCAAGGGUGUGAUACACGGUGACCUCAAGUCUGACAACAUUCUCGUUCGGUUUGAUGCCUUGCAAAAGGACGAGCAUUGGGACUCGGAGUACAAGCGCGACGGGCGUGAUGGCUGGUCUGCGAAGGGUGUCUCGCUGAUCGAUUUCGGCCGUGGCAUUGACAUGAAGGCCUUCAAGCCAGAUGUACAGUUCAUCGCAGACUGGCCUACUACAGAAGCCGACUGUGCAGAGAUGCGCGAACUCCGUCCUUGGACCUACCAGAUCGACUAUCACGGGCUUGCUGGCAUAGUCCACAAUUUGCUAUUUGGCAAGUAUAUCUCUACGAUAGCUGAGCGCGGCGCAACUCUCGGUGCUGGCGCGACCAAAACGUACAAGAUCAAGGAGAGCUUGAAGCGAUACUGGCAGACGGAGAUUUGGCACGAGUGCUUCGAUCUGCUCCUUAACCCGCUUAUGCAUCUUGAUGGUGAAGAGGGGAGAAGAUUGCCGGUACUGAAGGGUAUGAAGCAAGUCAGAGAGCAAAUGGAGGCGUUCCUCGAAAGCAAUUGCGAGAAGGGUGUCGGCCUGAAGGUCCUGAUAAGGCGUAUGGAGGAAGCUGUCAAGAAGAGAUAA